UAAAUUAUAUUUUACUCUUCAUUUUUUGUAUUGACUUUUUUUAAAUGUAAUACUAUAUUAUAUAUGCAUGUAUAUGUCGAAUUCACGAAAAUUUACUGCAAAUCGUUGGUUCAUAUUUUGAUAUUUUUUACAUUUUCCUAUCGGUUUCAAAGUUGACAAAUUCCAUUAGUUUUAUUAGAAUGCUCAGAGAUUGUUUAACUUAACCAAUUGCUAACCUAAUUAGUGAUUUAAACAUUCAACUUAAAAUACAUCAUAAAUUAUAUUACACAAUACAUUUAAAUGUUUUUAAAUGAAUGACAAGAAUAAUCAUUCUCUUUUUACCACCAAAUACGGUACGAUGGCCCAUCAUGAACAAUUUCAUUCAUUUUCUGAAAGGGAAGAUACAGUUCCUAUUGGAUCAUUAAAUAUUUUAUCUGCAAAGUAUGAGAGUUUAGAUUAUGAAAUUGUCGAAAACUAUGUUUAUCGUGAUGAAGAGCGAAAAAAAGGUUACCAAUUUGUUGUCAAGAAGAAUGUUGUCAGGUGGGCUAUAUUUUUUUGGAUUGGGGUCAUAACUGCAGUUAUCGGUGUAAUUAUUGAUUUAUCCAUAGAGAUUAUUGCUGAUUUAAAAUUUGGCAAUGUUAAAGAAUAUAUUGAUACAUGCAAUAAAAAAAACUGUUUAUGGCAACCUUAUAUAUUAUUGUUAGUUUAUAAUAUUGUGCCAGUUUUAAUUGGAUCUAUAUUAGUGACUUAUAUUGAACCAGUUGCUUUAGGAUCUGGAAUUCCUCAAGUUAAAUGUUAUCUCAAUGGAAUUAAAAUACCAAGAUUAGUUAGAGUCAAAACAUUAUUUAUAAAAGUAAUUGGUGUAAUUACUACUGUUGUAGGUGGUAUGUGUGGAGGAAAGGAAGGUCCAAUGAUUCAUGCUGGUGCUGUUGUAGCUGCAGGAAUCUCCCAAGGAAAAAGUACAACCUUUAAUAAGGAUUGUGGAGUUUUAAAAUAUUUUAGAGAAGAUCAUGAAAAAAGAGAUUUUGUAUCUGGAGGAGCUGCUGCUGGAGUAGCUGCUGCAUUUGGUUCACCAGUUGGUGGUGUAUUAUUCAGUUUAGAAGAAGGAGCAAGUUUCUGGAAUCAAGCACUUACUUGGAGAAUAUUUUUUGCUUCUAUGAUUUCAACAUUUACUUUAAAUUCAGUUUUGAGUGCAUAUCAUGGUCAUCCUGGUGAAUUGACAUAUUGGGGUUUAUUAAAUUUUGGAAAGUUCAACAAUUUUGCGUUAUCUUAUGAAAUGAUCGAAUUGCCAAUUUUUUUAGCAAUGGGAGUAACUGGUGGACUAUUAGGAGCACUAUUUUGUCACCUUAAUUAUAAACUCACCAUAUUCAGAAUGAGGCAUUUGGUGAGUUGCUGGAAGAAAGUUUUAGAAGCUGUUUUGGUAUGUAGUAUUACAGCAACUGUGGGAUUUUUGUUAAUGUUAUGGGAAAAUGAUUGUAAACCAUUAGGUCUGGAUCCAACAAAACAUCCUGUACAGUUAAAUUGUAAUGAUGGCGAGUAUAAUUCAAUGGCAUCAUUGUGGCUACAAGUUCCAGAAGCAUCUGUUAGGUCUUUUUUUCAUGAUCCAGCAGAAUCGCUCAAAGUAGCUACAUUAGCAUAUUUCGCGGUUUCUUUUUAUUUUCUUACAAUUUGGACAUAUGGCUUAAGUGUGAGUGCUGGAAUAUUUAUUCCAUGUUUAGCUACAGGAGCAGCAUGGGGCCGACUUAUUGGAAUUGGUGUUCAAUGUAUAUUUCCAAAUGUGGAUGUUGGAAAAUAUGCUUUGAUAGGUGCAGCUUCACAACUUGGUGGUGUUGUUCGUAUGACUAUUAGUCUUACGAUUAUAUUGAUUGAAGCAACUGGUGACAUUACUUUUGGUUUACCACUUAUGAUUUGUUUACUAACAGCAAAAUGGAUUGGCGACUAUUUUACUGAAAGUAUUUACGACAUUCAUAUUCAAUUAAGUGGUAUACCUUUAAUGGCUUGGGAUCCUCCACCACUGUCAUCCAAUAUUUUUGCUACUGAAGUUAUGGCGCAUCCUGUUGCUGUGUUUAAAUCAAAAGAAACGGUUGGGAAAAUUGUUGAUACUUUAAAAAAGUAUACAUAUAAUGGAUUCCCAGUAGUUGAUGAUAUUUUUAGUGUUGAUUCGGAAAUAGGUGACAAUAAAUCUAAUGGUCGUUUACGUGGUUUAAUUCUUCGGUCCCAACUAAUUGUAUUGCUACAAAACAAAGUAUUUAAUGAAGUUCCAUCUGCUUGGGACUAUGUUUCAUUAACAACUUUCCGACAAGAUUAUCCAAGAUAUUCAGAUAUAGACGGUAUAGAAAUAUUAGACAGUGAACGGAAUUAUACUGUGGAUCUGUUAAGGUUUAUGAAUCCAUCACCCUAUGUUGUACAGCAUAUGGCAUCAUUACCUAGAAUAUUCAGACUAUUUAGAGCAAUGGGUCUAAGACAUAUUGUUGUUGUUAAUGAUUCAAAUGAGGUGGUCGGUAUAGUUACCCGUAAAGAUCUCACUCGAUAUAAAGUAUGGAGACAUCGAGGUACAAUAGGAGUUGUAGAACUCAAAGUAUCUGCAAAAUUAUGAUAGUACUUAUAGUAAAUUUAUCUAUUCAUAAAUUUAAAUCAAUAAUAAAUUAUUUAAGUAUAAAGUUACGCUAUUUUGACAUAUCAAAUGCUAUAUUUUUUUAUUAUGUAUGUAUAUAA